GUUACAGUGAAGCGGGUAGAGAAGAGCUUCAGCAGCAGCAGCUCCGGCUCCAGCUCCAGUGACGGUAUAGAAGCAGCAGAAGCAGAGGCCUCUCCAAGUGCAAGCAGGUAGCAGCAGCAGCAGCAGCAGCAGCCGCAGUAAGCCGUGCAAUUGAAAUAAAGUGCAGCGGAAGCUAAAAGCUAAAACCUACACCACCACCACCGCCAUCAUCUUCAUCCCCCCUUUUGUGUGUGUGCGCGUGUGUGUGUGUUGGGGCGCGUAGCGCUACGGCGACGACGAAGACAAGGAGCAAGGAGAGGUGUGUGCAAGUGCAUUUUGUUUUAUGAAAUUUUCCACUCCCCCUCCCCCAUUGAUUCCAUCAUCAACCAGCAGCGCCAUCUUCUCCCAGUGAAAGUUGUGUGUACGUGUGCGUGCGUGUGUAUGCGGGCGUGCUUUGGUGUGGAUACAGAUGCAACAACUCCUCCACAUCGCCGCCGCCUCCGCCGCCAUCUUCCGCCAAUUCCGCCGGAAUAGCGUAAAAAACUCGCGCGUUUAGUGAAUUGUUUUAUUAAAAAUAUUUGCGGGCGACGUGCGUUUUUGGGGUUCUAUUUUUUGCUUUUUGGUUUCGCCGCGUGUGUUUGCGUGUUGUGAGGGAAGGGUAGGAAGAAGAGGAUUGUUUGUGUGUACUGCAGUUAAACAAAAGUGCAUCUCUCGUGCAUUCACUUUUUGCGCGAAAAGCCCGCGCGCGCGUGUGUUUUUUUUAGUGAAUAAGUGGCGCAAAAAGAAAGAAUAGUAUAAUAGUGUCGUUGCGUGUGAGGAAUUGUGCAAUCUAGUGUUUUUUUGUUUUUUUUUACGGUGGGAGUCACAUCUCCUUACGCAUCAAAAAGUGGAGGCCGUGUGUGUGUAUGUGUUGCUGUUCUGUUCUGUUGCAUCCUUCUCUUUCCGUGGAGAACAGGGACGAGAAGAAGUGUUUCAAAGGAUUUUGUGCAGUGAGGGAGAGACGCGCGAUUUCAUAAACAAUAACACACGACACACACAUAACCGUUUGAUAUAAUCAACCGCGUGUGUCUGUCGUGUGCAUUUUUUACUUACAAAAAAGCCUCCCCCCGUGUCAGCACCAGUGGCGCACCAAUGAAAACACUCAAAGUGUUUCGGGCCAGCUUGUUGGAAUCGGGCGCGUUAAGUAAAAAGGCAACAGCAGUAACCGCCACCAGCAGCAGUAGCAGCAGCCAGCGGCGGCAUAUCCAAUCGUAGAUUCGAUUGAUGUGAUUUUAUUAGUUUUGUAAUAUUUUAUUAUAUAUCCAGAUGAUCUCACAGACGAUUGCAGUGAAGAGUAAUAAUCCCACCGGCAGUAGCGAUACGCUGUGUUAGUUUGUGUGCUAAAGCCACACACACACAUAUUGUCCUUGCCCCCAAUACUAACCCGUGAUAAUCGUGUUAGCGAGGGCCACUACUAUACCAUCCCUGUGCGAACGGUUCUCCUUCCCGCGUUCUGUGCGUUCGCACCUUCGCGCAUCUGGUAUAAACACUGGUGUGUGAGUGAGCUUUUGUGUGUGUCCUUUCGCGAGAGUAGGACCGGCGGCGCCGGCCCACUCUUCCCAUAAAACACCCCAACAACCCCCUUUCCGGGUAGCUUUACCCGUGACCUUUUUCCGGUUGGCGCGGCAGUUCCGGCACCAGCAGGUGUUGGAACACAAAAGGCGCCAUCAUUCCUUCCACAAUAGGGUCGUCACACCUCACCAACCUGUCUGGCCCUGCUGCUACUCAUAGUAGCAGGGGCAGCACAGGUCACCUUCCUCCACCCCCGGGGUCGCACCUUCAGCAACUCCACGGGUCUGGAGUCCUUACGGAUCAUACAAAAUUACAGUAUUUGGGCAACAUGCAGGUGCAUCCCGCACACAGUGGCAGCGGAGGGCAUCAUCCGCCACCGCCGCCCACCCAGGGACCGCCCCAGUCCGCCCAUCCGCCACCGCCCCAGCCGAUCCCGAUCGUGAAGCCGGAGUUCAAGGUGCCCCCGAUACCGGCCCACCUGAUGGAUGUGCGCGGACCGGACGGUUCGCUGGUCAAGAUCAACAUGCCGGAGCAUCACGAUCCGAGCAAGCCGCCGAACAACGUGGAAAUGCUGAAGGUGAACAUCGAGGAUCUCAGCCAGUUUCUGUCGUACCACGAGGUGUUCGGCAAGCUGCCCUCCGACAUGCUGACCGGCCCGUCCGCCAGCCUAGUGCCAUCAUCCUCCACCAACACCGCUACGACCAGUGCGCAUAGCAAUGGUAAAUUAAAUCACAUCCGUCCGGGGCCUACGGGCGAAUCUCCAUUCAAAUGUAGCUACUGCGCGAAAAGCUUCACCCGUAAGGAACACCUGACUAACCACGUUCGCCAGCAUACCGGUGAAUCGCCUUACCGAUGUCCGUACUGCGGUAAAACGUUCACCCGAAAGGAACAUCUAACGAACCAUGUCAGAUUGCACACAGGCGAAACACCCUACCAGUGCACAUACUGCGGGAAGAAGUUUACGAGAAAAGAACACCUUACCAAUCAUGUCAGAUUGCAUACCGGCGAAACUCCAUUUCAGUGCACUUACUGCGAGAAGAAGUUCACUCGCAAAGAGCAUUUGACUAAUCACACGAGGUUGCACACCGGCGAGACUCCUUUUCAAUGUUCUUACUGUCAGAAAAAGUUCACGCGGAAAGAACAUUUAACAAACCACGUCAGGUUGCACACCGGCGAGACACCUUUUCAGUGUUCUUAUUGCCAGAAGAAGUUCACUCGCAAAGAACAUUUAACGUACCACGUCAGGUUGCACACCGGCGAGACUCCCUUUCAAUGUUCUUACUGUCAGAAAAAGUUCACGCGGAAAGAACACUUAACGAACCACGUCAGGUUACAUACCGGCGAAACUCCUUACCAGUGUACCUACUGCGACAAGAAAUUCACUCGCAAAGAGCAUUUAACCAACCAUGUCAGAAUACACACUGGAGAGACUCCCUAUCGGUGCACGUAUUGUGAGAAGAAAUUUACCCGAAAAGAACGUUUAACGUAUCACAUAAGAUGGCAUACGGGAGAGACACCGUACCAUUGCACGUACUGCGAGAAAAAGUUCGCCCGCAAAGAGCACCUUACUAAUCACGUCAGAUUGCACACAGGAGAGACCCCUUAUCAAUGCACAUAUUGUGAAAAGAAAUUCAGUAGAAGAGAGCGUUUAACGAUUCACACAAGAAUCCAUACCGGAGAGACUCCGUACGCAUGCACAUAUUGUGAUAAAAAAUUUAGCCGCAAAGAACGAUUAACGUAUCACAUAAGAUUACACACCGGAGAAACUCCCUAUCAGUGCACGUACUGCGAGAAGAAAUUCACUCGCAAAGAGCACCUUACAAAUCACGUCAGACUGCACACCGGAGAAACUCCCUAUCCGUGCACGUACUGUGAAAAGAAGUUCACGCGCAAAGAACAUCUUACCAAUCAUGUCAGAUUGCACACCGGCGAGACCCCUUAUCAGUGUACCUAUUGUGACAAGAAAUUCACGCGCAAAGAGCAUUUGACUAAUCAUACAAGAUUGCACACCGGAGAAACUCCUUAUCAUUGCACCUAUUGCGAGAAGAAAUUUAUGCGCAAAGAACAUUUAAAGAACCAUAUCAGAUUGCAUACCGGAGAAACUCCGUACCAAUGUACGUACUGCCAGAAGAAAUUCACGCGAAAAGAGCAUUUAACAAACCACACCAGAUUGCAUACGGGCGAAACUCCUUACCAGUGUUCUUAUUGCCAGAAGAAGUUCACCCGCAAAGAACAUCUCACAAAUCACGUCAGGCUGCACACCGGCGAGACUCCCUACACGUGUACCUAUUGUCAGAAGAAGUUUACGCGUAAAGAGCAUUUGACGAAUCACGUCAGAUUGCACACUGGCGAGACUCCCUUCCAGUGCACGUAUUGCCAGAAGAAAUUUACGCGAAAAGAACAUUUGACCAACCAUACCAGAUUACACACCGGUGAGACUCCGUAUCAUUGCACCUAUUGCGAGAAGAAGUUCAUGAGAAAAGAACACCUUACGAACCAUAUCAGAUUGCACACCGGAGAAACUCCCUAUCAGUGCACGUAUUGCGGGAAGAAAUUCACCCGAAAAGAGCAUUUAACAAAUCAUGUCAGAUUGCAUACCGGAGAGUCUCCCUAUCGGUGUUCGUACUGUAACAAGUCAUUCACCAGAAAAGAGCACCUCAAGAAUCACGUCAGACUGCAUACGGGGGACUCACCGCACAAAUGUGAGUACUGCAACAAAACGUUCACGCGGAAGGAGCAUCUCAACAAUCACAUGCGUCAGCACAGUGGAGACAAUCCGCACUGUUGCAAUGUGUGCAACAAGACCUUCACGCGGAAGGAGCAUCUGAUCAACCAUAUGAGUCGAUCACACACCGGAGAGCGUCCCUUUCAGUGUGACGAGUGUGGCAAAUCUUUCCCGCUGAAGGGCAAUCUGCUGUUCCACCAGCGCAGCCACACCAAGGGCCAACCGAUGGAUCGUCCGUUCCGGUGCGACAUGUGUCCGAAGGAUUUCAUCUGCAAGGGCCACCUGGUAUCGCACCAGCGGUCGCACACGGGCGAGAAGAACCACCACUGUCCGCAGUGCAGCAAGUCGUACGUCGAGCGGGGCAACAUGCUGCGGCACAUGAAGAAGACGCACCCGGAUGCGGUCAUUCCGGUGCUGCCGAAGCUGCCCCACAUCAAGGUCGAACCGAAGUCUACCGUAUCUCAGCCCGCGUCCGUGGUGACGUCGCCGGCUCAGGCCACGUCAACAAUAACGUCGAUUAUCUCCAACAAUACUCAUCCAUCGCAGCAUCAUCAUCACAUUCAACCGAAAAUGGAACAGAAAUCUCAGAUACAUCAUCUUCCGCUUCCUCAUCAGCAUCCAGCUCACCAGCUGCACCACCACAUCUCGGCGGGCCCCCCGCCGCCGCCGCCAUCGAUGCAUCUGCCGCCGCCAAAUCCGCAGUUGGCAGCGCUCGCCCUCCAUCAUCAGGUCCAGCAGCAUCAGCAGCAGCAACAACAGCAGCAGCAACAGCAGCCGCAAUCUUCGCCUUCAACGGUACGAACCCAGCCAUCCCCUCGUACAUCACAUCCGCCGCCGCCGCAUCCACAGCAGCAGCAACCGCAGCAGCAGCCGCCGCCGGAAAGCCACCAGCAACAGGGACCGGUCCCAGCUGGACCCCUUCCACCUCAGCACCAUACGGUCCCGGUUACUAUUAUAACCCAUGCUGGAAGCAUUAAUCCGGCCAACAUGCCGGUGGUGGACGGUGGGCCGGCUAACGGUCGGGUCGGGGCGAUCCAGAUGCAUCAUCUCGCCGCGGCCCAGCAGUCGGCCGAGGAGCAUUCGGUGGUUUAUUGAAACAGCGGCAUCGGUGGUGGUGGUAAUGGAGGCGGCGGUGUCAGCGUGGGCGGUAGUACUGCUGGUACAGGAAACAGCAGCCGAGGUGGAAGAGCAAGUGGCGGAGGCGGCAAUAGUAAGGCAGGAGCGACAGCAUCAGCAUCCCGUAUCGGUAAUAUAGAGCUGAUUGUGCCAACGGUUACCACCGCGAGCGGCGGCAGUAUGCUAGCAAGAGCAAGUGCCACCAUCACCGGCAGUAGUAGUGGUGCUAAUGUAGUUGCUAAUCAUGCGCCCUUGCUUCUUGAUCCGCCACAUGUUGCCACCGACGGGCAGCAGGAGUAUCAACAUCCCAUCGCACUGAUGCCUUUGCUGCAACAGCAACAGCAACAGCAGCAGCAGCAAAACCUUGCGCAAGCACUGACGCUGCAACUGUCACAUCAGCAGCAGCAGCAGCAGCAGCUAUUCAAGUCAGAACACAACAAAACACUAACCCAGCUGUAGAAUUUGAUGUAAUAAUAGCGGAGGUAGAGGAGGAGGAUCAAUCCAGAUGGAGAAUAAGCAGCUUGUUUUCAUUUUAUGCUAGUGUUAACUGUGAGUUUCUAUAACUUCUUUUUAUUGUAGCAUACAUUUUUAUUACGGUUUCUCGGUGCAGUUGAAUUUGUUUGUCGCGCUUCUACCCCUUGUAAUGGGGUAGCAUUCAUGCUGCAGACUGUGCAGCGCAAAAGAGAAUAUGAAUUAAAUGCGACAUUGAAGCGAAACUUAACGUGUACACGUCGAGUGGAGCUCAAAUUUUGGCACACACAGUGAGAGAGAUAGCACGCUGGAUACUAUUUCCGGUUGGGCAAAACGAGUGACUAGUACAUAACAAAAUCAGCUUGUGCAGUCAAUAUAAACGUGACUCACAAACACACAGUCAAACACAACAGUGCUCGAUUGGUUCAAAAACAUGAUUGAAAGGAACUUGUUUACAGUGAGUGGCAAGCAGAAUAAUAAUUGUUUAAAAUUUGUUUUCUUUACUUUUUUCCAAGUUGUUGUGUGGAAAAUACAACAACCAUGAGGAAAACACUGCACUCAAAAGGAGGAGAAACACACAAAAAAGUACAGAAGUAUGCAAUUAGUAGUUUUAAAAAGUAGUGAAGAAAAAAAAUAGUUCGUAAAGGGAUGAAUACGCUAAGUUUAAUAAACACAAAACAUAAUACAUAAGCGGUAGUGAGUAAUAAAACAAACAAUAACAACAACAAAAAAUACACAAAAAAAAGAUGAAUUACACAAACCACAUGUGCAACGUAAACAUGAAGUAACAAACAAUACCAGUAAAUGAAAUGUACAGUUGUGUAAAACAAAGCAGAAAACUGUUUAAGAAGAGGAGAUGUAAAGGAGCAUAAAUAUUAACAUUGUAUAAUUAAUCGCAGUGGUGUGUGUGUGUGUGUGGUGGGCGUUGAAAGUUAAAUAAGUAUAGCAACGAGUUGGAUGCAAGAAGCUCUCGUCUGUAAUUAAAUAACAAAACAUGAUUUAAAGCAGAUACGAACAAACGUAGAUAAUAGUGCGAGCGGAGAAGAAAACAGAGAAAAGAAUGUGCAAAAAAAGAAGCAAACACAGUUUAAAAACAAAAACAGCUGCAGCAAACGCGCGCGCGCAUCUCUUAUAUUAGGUGCGGUGUAUUUUUUUAAAUGUAACCCAACAGCAGCAGUACGGGCGUGUGUAGCAAGCAUAUGAAGUAUAAAACGUAGAAGUAAAAUGUGAGUUAUUGAACUAAAAUUAUAUACACAUAAAUCUAUAUAUAUAUAUACCAAGCUAUAUCUUUAUAUAUAUACACAGGUAGAAAACUCACAAGAAAUAGGUGAAGCGCGAGCAGAGCAAAACAACAGAUUUGUGGUCGCAUUAAAAGAGAGAGAGAGAGAGAGGGAGAGAAAAGGUACGAGAUAAUAACUAACCAGAUAUACAAAACAAGUCGAUAUCAAAUAUCGAAAAAAUGCGCGAUACUAAACGUGUUUUACAUGUAAAAAAACACAGACACAAACACACACUCACAUUGCAGGAGCAUGUGGAACUAGGAAGAUAGUUGCAACAAAAAAAAAAAACAAAACAAAACAGACAGAUUUCGAGGCGACAUCUAGCAACACCCUUGCUCCCCCCCUCCCUCCCAACCAGCCUCUACCACCACAGAGAAUCAUUUCCUGCGCGCUCUUGUUCGUUUCUGCGUCCUUCACUAGCCAACGCAAGGGAAGUGGCUCGGGUAAAAGCACCCUGUUGCAAUUGCAGAAUUGUUGCUCUUGUCUUAGACAGUUAUACCUUACUCUACCCACUCCCACUUCCAGAAAGGUUAUUAAUGCAGGGCCCCCAUAUAUUUGCUUUGCCGGAACGCAAAUCUUUAUAUAGAGGUUUACAUUCAUAUAUAAACUUAUACAUAUAUGUGUGUAGUGAAAUGGAAGCAAAAGAGUGGAAGGGGUUUGGUGUUCGGAACUAUGUUCUGAUUUUAACAAAACAACAACAACAAAAUGUAGAAGUAAAAGGUAAAAAUAAUACUUUCGGUAAAAAUAAAUGGCAACAGUGAAAAUGCAAUGCGGGAAAACAAACAAACCACACUCACCAGAAUACACAAAAUCAUGCAAAUUAUAAGAUCGUUCAGUUUUGCGUUAGAUAAUACGCACUCUGGGAGUGGUGAAGCAGCAAAAUUAGUAAAAUAAAAAAAGAAGAAGACCCAUGAUGAGAAUCAAUACUUAAUCUUAACACAAUUGUUGACAUAGAUGAAAUAGUGUGAGAAAUAAACAAAGUAAUCUUAAACAAACGAACAGCAGUAAUGGACAUGUAGCAACAGCACGCGCAAACACGGCAAAGGGGUAGCAUUUUGCUGUAAACGUGUGUGCGUGUUUAGAAAGAACCUUCGCCAAACCGUUGUGGUGGAAUAGGAGGGCAAACAUCAGUCACACCGGGUGUUCUAGGAGAAAACAGUUGACACACUAGCGCAAUCUCUCGAUAGUACGUACCUACUACUACACAUUACUGCAAUGACCGAUCAAUCAACAAUGCUCUCCCCCCGCCCCGUUGUGCUAUGUCGGAGCUGUUUUUGGUUAACAUCCUUCUUCCUACCCACUCCUUUUCCCGUGUGCGCACUUCAGCAAAAUACAAAUGUAAUAGUAGUGUGCUAAAAGUUACAAAACCGCGCAGGAUGAAGAAAACAAUAGCAUAAGGAAAAUUCAGACACCGUGUAGUGUGUAGAGAGACUGUUGGUUGGGGGGAAGAAGACUUUUUUUACAUACGUUGUUAAAGCUGCAACAAAAAUUGAACCCCUCUUAAUGUAGACCACAGGUUAGAGACAUAUACCAUGCUCCCUAGUGGUUUUAUGAAAGUGAAACAUACACACAUACAACACAAACCUAGAAACGAGAGAGAGAGAGAGAGGAAACUCAACUUUCGCGGGUGGAAAAUAGUACAACUUUAUUUAAAGUGUUUAAGGUAAAACGAAACAAAGUAAAUACAAGUGUAACAUUUAACAAUGUUACAGCAAGCUGAAGAACAGUACCGAAGGAGAAAGAAACGAAGUGGAAAGAUAAAUUUAAAGAGGAAAAACACACAGACACACACACUGGCUUUUAACGUGAUUAUACGAUAAGAGGAACAAUUCGCGUACAAGAGAAAGGGUACACUAACACAUUCAAUACAAACAAACACACAUCCACACUACAUUAAUAGUUGUUUUUGAGUUUGAGAAUCUCAGCUGUGUCUAUAUUUAACCAGGACCCACAAUUCUUUCACAAUCAACCAAGAGAAGGAUAACGUUGCGUUGUGUUUUGCGACUGAUGAUGAUGAUGCUAAUUUCAUUCACAUAUUGUGCUAUCAUUACAAUUUCAAUCCAUUUACACAAUAGAAGCAUACAGUAGUAGCUUAUCGCCUCACGCAUAAGAGAUAUAACCAUAGUACAUUAAACAACAACAACAACAACAACAGCAAGCAAGCAACAAACAGAGCCAGUACAUUAUACUACAAUAGUUUCGUUCUCUCAGUGUGUAUCUGUAAGGAUAGAUUUAGACGUCGUAACCCCAGUUUACUGUUUUUCUUUUACAAUAAUACACACACACACAUUCACACACAUGGACACAUUACACAAUAGAAAAUAGAACCAAACAGCAGUACCAUUACAUACCUACCUUUUCAUCAAACACCAACAGCGAAACCAGGAGAAUCGUCACCGAAUAUCUGGUGAUACACACUCUGUCACUUGCUUAUAAAAGAGUAGAUAGAUGUAAUGCUUCUUCUGUGUUAAGCUUUGUCUAUUACAAUAGAGAUAUCAAUAGAAUUCUAAGCUAUCACCACUAAUACAAUACGAUAGGGACACACUCAUACCAUAAAACAACAAGUAAGCCAAACCAAUUUUACAGUAAACUCUACAAUCAAUGCUUCACCACAACAGCUACAACAGAACAGACAGCGUUCUCAAAUCAAAACAGUAUCACUCCUUCAUAUAGUGUAUAUUGUAUCUGCACAAACUUACAAUAGGCUCUUACAACAACCAACAAGCAAGCAUAUAGUGUUGAAAUAAUUGUUUUUUCCCCGUAAUAAGACUUCAUGGUGGGUCGUUCGGGGGUCAACGAUGCUUGCCAAUGCAAUAGAAACAGAGAAAAUAAUUUAAACAUUCACGUUUACGUUUUUCGAUCCUAUUCAGUGCAUUUUUCAACACACAUCCCUCCUGUAGUUUGUUUAUACGUGCUUCUUGCGUGUGUCUUAGUUUUGAAAAGUUGUUUAAGAUUUCCUCAGUUAUCUCACGUCUCAGUAAAACGCGUCUUGGAAAACGGGAGAACAAGAACGAAUGUGUACUUGUGUACUUGAACUUGAUAGAUUGAUUUCAACACGACUAUAACGACAACCACAACCAAAACCAACCAACAAAUCAUCACAAACCUCCUAAUUACCUUCAUCGAUCCCAGUUUUCUGAUACUAAUUUUAAAAGCAAAUAAAACAAACAAAGUUGCGUAUUAUGAAGAAAAAAAAAACAAGCGAAAUACGUUCCUUUCCGUUGUGAUACUAUAAAGAGCAAGGGCGACAGAUUUGAGGGCAAUGUUUCGAUAUGAUGAGUGUGUUUGUGUGUUUGUGUGGUGGGGAGAGGGCAACAACCCCUUUUCCCAGAAGCGAAAUGAUUAAAAGAUAAGAGAGCAGUAACGAUCGUACUACGUGAAGCAAGGUUUUAUUUGGAUUUGGAUUAUUUGUUAGCAUUAGUUGUAUUAAACAAAAAGAUUGCAAUUCUAAUCCUCUUUUCAUCCCUGUUGGUGAUGUGUGGCACGCGCAACAUCAAUGCUUUUUUCUUGUUUGUUUUCGUUUAACUCAAUCGAGUGCAAACUUAUUUUAGCUGAAAUAGUCUAUAUUAAUAUAGUUAACGAUUUUAUAAAACCAUUUUUUCAUAUAUACAUGUAUACAUAUAGGUAUGUUUUUAUGUAUGCAUUAUUAAAGUCUUUCUUUUAGUUUGUUUUAGUAGCAAGAGUGGUAAGAAAAUCUGUGUGUUUGUUAAGAAAAAGUCGAAUAACAAUGGAUUAAUUAAGCGUAACGCCAAGAUCAAGAACACGCACUGGUGAGCUCAUCAUUUCAUGAAACCAUCCACAAUCAUCUAAUAAAAGAAAAAGCGAGUUGAGUUAAACUAAAUACAAAACAUUGUGUAAUAUGCGUAUCGAAGAGAUGAGAUAGCUGAACAUAAUUCAUCCUAGAUGAGCACAUCAUUAUUGCGAACAAAAUUGAAAUGCUGAGUGUGUAAACGUAUUUACAGUAACACCAAGUUUGCAGAAAUUGCGCAAAAAAGGGCAAUUAUCUUUCUUUUACUAAAUCAUCGCACAACUUGUAAAAUCUGAAGUGUUGGAAAGUAACUGGUGAGAAGAGCGUAGCGGGAUUUGAAUGAUUGUGCUCGUUCGGGAACGUUUGUAAUUCGUAAUAUGAUUGUAAUGCAAAAGUACACAACAGGUCUGAGUAAAAUAUGUAGUCUUUACGCAAACUUACGCCAUAUUAUACAAAGCAGCUAAUGAAGUGGAAAGAAAACAAAAAGGAAGGAAGCAAAAAGAAACGCUGAAAAUUGUUAAGUCGACAAAAGGAAAAGAAGACAAACUGAGGAAUAUGAUAAGGAAAGGCAAGGAUAUGAAAUUUGGAAACUAACAAUAGAGAUGAGUCAUUUAAAAAAAAAACAGUACACUUUAUGAGUUGUUGUUUUUUUCAUUUAUUUUAUCGUGUUUCAUUCUUAUUCUAUUUUAUUGAUUUGCAAAUUGGUGCUAUUUACUAAAUUAUUUUUUAUUUUCAGAUAUUUAUAUGAGUUGCUGGCGGCGCUAAAAGGAUGUAUUAUAUUAACUUUGUUUGUUCUAAUUUUGAGAAAUUAUUUUAUUUAUUUUUACAUCCUAAAACUUGAAUUUCAGUUUCAGUACCCACAACAAGCGUAGUGUGAUCGUCACUGAUUUCCAAUCAACGUCGUAUGAGAGUUAAACAGAAGUUGCCGUACGGAACUUUUCGAAACAAUAGUGCCCACUCUAGUCAAUGAGAUGAGAGAUUUGUGGUUUUUACUUUUCCUCCCAUUAUAUUGGGUUGUAUUGGGGUAUAUUUUGUUUUUCAGCAAACACCUAUAAAGUAUUCAUUUACCAUUUUACCACAAGGAGACAUGUACAAAAGUAGUGGCAUCCUUAGCACAUUUUCACAAUGUAACGAAUGUGCAAGAAGCUACACAAUGACCACACAACAUGUUGUACUUGUAAUAUGUUUAGUUUGUUGUUAAGUUGUUAUAGCGGAUGUAAAUACAAAGAGAGGAACAGAAAACAUGCAGAAAAAAGGAAGAAGUAAUGGAAAAAUGGGGAAAAAGGCAACAUUAAAAUAGCCAGGACGAAGAAGUAAAACAAUAAGGCAAAAACAAACGAAAGAAAAAUGUGGCAAAAAAUGUAAGUAGCAAAAAGAUAUCGGAUUCAGUUGAAUGAUGGGGCAAAUAAGAGAAUGAAGAAACAUAACAUUAUUGUACAUUUUUGCCAACUAUUUGUAUCCUUUUUUCUCACAUUACAUACUUUUUAGUAAAGGGUGAAACAAUUCACCCUAAAUUAUGUUGAAUGGUUUUUUUACAACUUUAAUCUAAUAAAAACAAAACAAUACCUAGAAAGUGAUAUGAAAAAAGACAACGUUUUUGCUGCCACUCGUGUGUGUGUGUCUGUAUAUAAACGAGUGUGCAGGACGAGAGAAGGAAAUGAGUAAAACAAACGAGGAAAAGAAUACGAGGAGGAAGAAAAUCGUGUAAUUUAGUAAUAACAGAGAACUAACACGUAAGGAGAGGAAGCGUUGGUGUUGCUAUAGUGAUUGCAGUGUAUGUAAAAAAAUCACUCGGGAUAGGAAAAUCGAGACAGUUUAAGCAUAAAGCAGGCUGCGUAAUUGUGGUGAUUUAUUUUUAGCAGAACAAAGUCGUGCGGAAACGAACUUCCGGAACGGAUCGAGCGCGGAAAAUCGAGCUGAAACGGGAGAGCAAGGAUCGAGCGUAAUAAGUAUUAAAGGAAUUCGUGCUUGUAAAUAAGGAAAAAUGAAGCUGUGCACAACAAAAACUGGAAAAAACUUAAAACUGGAAAAUCUUAAGGACUGCUGUGACUGUCUGUGAGAUUCAGUGGAAGGGAAGUAUUGCAAUAACCACAUUAUACAAUUGUGUGUGUGUGUCGUCUACGCGUUCUUGUGUUCAAAGCUGAAGGCAUGUGUGUGUGUGUAUGAGUGCAAAAGAAAGAACUUUACCAAACGAAUACGAAAAGAUAUUUAAAAAGGUCGAAGUGCGAAGGUCGAAAGAAAUUGUGAGUAAUUUCAUUUAUUUUACACUAUUUCAUAAUUUUACUUUUCAAUUACGAGCUAUAGGGACAGAAGUGAAUAACAAUAAAUCCGCAUAGAAGAGAUGGGAAAACGUAUGUGUGUGUGUGAGAGAGACACGGGCGCAAAUCAGUAUUUGGCCGGCUAGAGCAAUAUUGAGGGACCGUCGAAUAAUAAUAAUUAUUAUUAUUAAAUAAUAGUGUUCACAGCAAUCUUUUAGCCGGGAAAGAUGUAAGAUACGAAACAACACACACAUACGAGAGCAAUGGAAAGGAGAAGCGCGAAACGAACACAAAAGGAACAGACAAAAAAACACACACAUAAAAAUCUUUGCAUACAAAUCAUGUGCAGCAUAGCUGCAUUUUAUACGAAUUUUCUAUUUAAAAAAAAAGAACGAAAACAAUUGGACAGACGCACAAACACACUGCUUUUACACUUGCUUCGGGAAUGGUGAGCAAGUUUUAUUUUUUGAAAUCGUACGGGUUCUUCAAGCAAAAGUGAGGUUCAGAAGAGACAGAGAAAGAGAGAGAGAGUGAACCGGGUGAUUUAUUGCGAUUUUGUACGGAAAUUAAUCGCUGGAAAACGGCCGAUAACAAUUCGCUUAUAUUUAAUGUGUGUGUGUGUGUUUGUAUGUGAGUGUAUAGAUAAGGUGAAGGAUGAAGCAGAAAGAAGUGUGAUAGGAGCUAAAGAUUAUUUUAUAUUUUCUAUUGUUUCGCUUGAUUUCAUUGCCUAUGCUAUUUUGUGAAUUCUAAUAUCAGGAAAACAAUGCUUUGGUUGAUGUUUUCUCUUUGUAUGAAAAAUUCUUGUAAAGAUAAUGUUUUACAAUGUAUAAUGCAAUAAUGGAGCUGUACCAUGAUUUAAAGACAGAAAUCCCUAACAUGUUUACAAUGUAUGGAAUUUAGUUUAAAAGGUAGCUGAAAUUAACACACAAAAAAACACACAGCAUACAUAUAAAAGCAGGGGAAUGAUGAUAAGACUCAACAGCGCAUUGUAAGGAAAAGGGGGGAAAGUAGUAAGGUUAAAGAAAUUAAAAUGUAGUAACGCAAAAUUAUUCACCAUACACUUUAGCGAUAUUUCGAUAAAAGAAGAAGACAGAAAACAAGGAUUGGGGUCACAGGGGACAGCAGAGAAAGGAAUGAAGAAAGGAGUAUAGAUUGGAAAUACAACACAUUUCCUAAUCGUCUUGCCGCCGCCGCCGAAAGAACAUGUACACACGCUAUCGUAAAUGUGAGUAGAACAGCAGUAAUGAUCAAAAUAUGAAACAUAAAGGAUGAGAUCAGCGAACACACAUUUAAACAGACAAACAAGGUUCUGGCUUGGGGAAAGUAGAAUGGAACAAACACAAAAUAACCCCGUUUUUUUGUAUUUAGUUAGCAUAAUUAUGAGUUUUCCUUUCCUUCCAGCAACACUUGAUUAAUAUAUCAGAGAAGUAUUAUUUUGGAAAACAAAACACAGGCUUGUAACAAACACAGAACAAAGCAUCCCAAUUCCGCUGUAAAGUGAAAGUAAAAAGCUUCCCCCCUUGAAAAAAGUGCAUAAAAUAGUAAACAAAACAACCGGUGCAAACAGUGAAUGGAACAAAGGAAACAGCUAAGAAAGAUAUUUGCAACACCAACACUAAACAAUAGGAUACUAUAAACCGAACCGUGAAGAACCUGGAUUGUGGGCAAAGUAAUUACCUGGCUACACACAAUAAAACUAACGAAGCGCUAAAGCAACAAUAAUGACACACUGACUCGUACUUCUUCCUACCCUGUAAACGGAACACAGUGUUUGUACCUCUCGUAAAAACACAGCAAACAAAAACCUUUACACCAGCUUCAAUCAAUGCAAAAGGACAGGCUAAGAUGUGUACAAUAUAGAAAACAAAUAACUAAACACAAAAGAGCAGUAAAUACACUUACCAGAGUAAGUGGUUGUAGCAGCAGUGUAAAACUAAACAGUCACCCAUUAAAAAAAGGAAAAGUAAGGAACUAAACCACAACAUUAUUGUGAAUGAUAACAUAGAAACAUACCAACUAAACAGCAAACCAAACACAAUAAUAGUAAUACAUAAUAAUAGUAAUACAUAGCAAGCAGCAGUAGAAAACGCAAAGAGGUUUACAUGCAAUACACAAAAUGCGGGACAUAAAACAAAAGAAAAAACAAAAAAAGAUAAAGAAUAUGGCGCAGAAUUUACUUGUAAGCCAAAUUCCGCAUAUACCUAAAAAAUGGGGGAAAAUGGCGCACUGUGCGUGGCAAGUAUGAAAUAAGUGCAGAAGAUAUAUAUUUUUAUUUCUUUUUUAUACGAGCAUAACUAGAGGAAGGGUGGGUGGGUGGUAAGGAAGAAAUGGAGGGAGAAAACCAGAUAAUAACAAUAAAAUAACGACAAAGAGAAAUCGCAAUAACAGAAUAAAACAAAACUUACGCUGGAACAAACAAAUCCAUGUUACAGCUGGAUAAAGAAGUGAAAAAAAAAACGUUGCAAAGGAGGGAAUUUUUAGUUUAAGUUUUGUCUUUGUUUUGUCUUUGAACCGUAACAAGCAAGCAAAACCUAAUAGUGUAUAACAAAAGUGGUACAAAGUAAACCCAAAAGAUGCAACAAACUGCACUCUCAGACACAUGUAAAUGAUGAGACAGAAAAGAAUAAGUUUAACAGAACACAACACGAGAGCUAGUUCGUUUUAUUUAAAUAUGAUUUCCCCCUCAGUUAACUGUCUCUUGCUAUAAACCUGCUCUAGAUUACUGAGCUAAAGCUAGGCACCACUACGCAUCAAACUUCACUUACUCAACAAACUCCCACAAAAUAUAUAUACAUACGAACAGCUAGAGGAGAUAGAGAGUAAAGAAAACACAUGAAAAAUAAUGGAAGAAAAUCGAGGCAAGAAAAAGGUGACUACAUUAAAAAAAACACGUACAAAUAUUAACUGUACACACAAACAUGUCUAGUGGUAGAAACAAAACAACAGUAAAGUAUAAAAAAAUAAAUACGCAAAACAAAACAGAACAAAAAAAAACAAA